GGGAAAGGAAUAAAAGAUCUUUCCUGUCUUGAUUGAGGUCGUAACCGAGUGAGAGCAUGAGAUGUCUAUGUUGAGCCUAGCUCGCACUAACCAACCACCUAGCUCAUCACGGGACUCAAUGGAACGCUACUAUACGCGUUGUCCCGCGAACAAAAUCGCGAUCGUCCUCCUCUCCAGCACAAAGUCACCAAAUUCUCUUCUCACCACCCGACUCCACAAUCAUGGCAUCGCAACAAUCCGAAGAAGCCAGUUCUGAGCAGUCGGUAGCUCCACCAUCCAUCCCCGCCUCUCUCUCCCCGUCAAAACGACACGAGGAAUACCAGUACCUCGACCUGAUCCGCCGGAUUCUCGCCGAGGGCGAGACGCGUCCAGACCGAACCGGUACAGGCACCAUCGCGCUCUUCGCGCCGCCCUCCCUCCGCUUUAGCCUUGAAAACAACAUCCUCCCGCUCCUAACCACGAAGCGCGUCUUCCUCCGCGCCGUUGUCGCCGAACUCCUCUGGUUCAUCUCCGGCUCGACCUCCUCCAUCCCGCUCUCCACCGCCGGAAUCAAGAUCUGGGACGGCAACGGCUCGCGGGCCAACCUCGACGCGCUCGGCUUCUCCUCGCGGGCCACGGGCGAUCUCGGGCCCGUCUACGGCUUCCAAUGGCGGCACUUCGGGGCCGCCUACCGCGGGUGCGACGCAGACUACACGGGGGAGGGCGUAGACCAGCUUAGCGAGGUUUUGCGGUGCCUGCAGCACGACCCGUACAACCGGCGCAUCGUCCUUUCCGCCUGGAAUCCCGCCGCGCUCAAGGAAAUGGUCCUGCCGCCGUGCCACAUGUUUGCGCAGUUCUAUGUGUCGACCGAUAGAAAGCUCAGCUGCUGUCUCUACCAGCGCUCGUGCGAUAUGGGGCUCGGCGUGCCGUUCAAUAUCGCGAGCUACGCGCUGCUGACACAUAUUCUUGCUCAUGCGGCGGGGCUGAGGGCCGGCGAGUUUAUCCAUUGCAUGGGUGAUGCGCAUGUCUAUCGUGAUCAUGUCGAGGCGCUCAAGGUGCAGUUGGAGAGGGAGCCGAGGGAGUGGCCAACCGUGAGGUUUGGUACCCCCGGUGGCGGUGGGCUGAAGGAGGUCGAGGAUAUGAAAGUCGAGGAUGUGGUUGUCGAGGGGUAUAAGCCCCAUGCCGGGAUCAAGAUGGAGAUGAGCGUUUAGAUAUCUUGUUGGACUGCUGAAUUGAACGGUUGAUCAUACUGUAGAACACCCAACCCUCUUCACAGCUGGGCUGCUGGGUUUUGGCUGCGGAGAUGGUUGCUUGUUUUGGAUGGUGGAGUGAGCAGGGAAAGUGAGGAGACCGCGACUUACACACGAACGAGCAUCUCAAGAUCGGCUUUCGGGAGGAGGGGAGACCAU